UGCUUCUUCAUUGAUAAGCAGCAUACCCUAGCCAGAUAGCAUUUGGCCGCGAUACGAGGUGAAUGUGGUGAGGUUAACUUGAUCGGAUAACUUUACAAACUUCUCUGGAAUAAUUAAUAAGUGCAGAAAGCAGAAGAGAUGAGGAAGUGAGCAUCGUGUGUUUAAAAUUUAAACUUCCAAGAAAUUAUCAUAUUAAAGGAAUACUUUCUGAACAUGUAGUAAAUGUUGUGCCGGAAAUGGAAUUAUAGCAUCUAGAAAUGUGGACCACCAGUGUCCCUCUUGGAUACUGAAGUUUAGACGUUGCAUAUCCAGGGUCGUCGUGACCAAAAUCACGCAUGCGCAAUGCCACAGUUAGUGUUGUUUCACAGGAGUUGGGGGAUCGGAAGUGACGACUUCGUGUUUCCGGGAGCCGUCGACGGGAUUGUUCGAUGUGUUUGGUUGUUGAUCGUGAUUAUCAUGUACUCGUUGUACGCCAAGGACCCAGACGACACGUGCAUCGAUAGCGUCUACCUGCACGUGUACUUCGUGGGGCUGAUCAUCUUUCUACUAGUCACUGCGUGUCUCGAGUUCGCCAUAGCAUACGUCAGCAAGCGGGGAACCAUUGCCGACAGCUCGGGCCGGAAGCAUUUGCCGUAUUUACUCUACAUCCGGUUCGUUGUUGGAUUACUGGAAGUCACGUGGAACGCUUAUGGAACGUGGGUGGCUUUCGAGGCGUCAAAACAUUGCCGUGAUGGUGUUGUGAAUUUAGCGAAAGGAACCGUGAUAGCAGGCUGGGUUGUGUUAUUCAUUGCUGUGUUGACCUGUUUAGUGGUAUUUAACCUAUAUCCCGCUACCAAUAAACCUCGAGCGCGCACGAGACAAUUUAAACGAGCUUCUCGAAGAACGUUUUCUCAGACCAAGAGAUGGGAGAAAAGGUGUCGCUGUCUAUUUUUGUGUGCUCGGAAUGAUACGGAAAGCACGGGCGUGUUUACGACAUUGGCAGAGCUGUGUGCAGACUACUUUAAGGGUACCGAUCUCGUGCCUUCUGACGUCAUAGCAGGACUGAUUCUACUGAGCCGGAAGCAAGAACGCGAACGCCACCAGUUCCGUGUCUAUGUCGACCGCGCCAGUAGCAGACGGUAUACAUCGCUGCCAAAUGAAGACUUCGUCGACGCUGCUGACGUCAGUAACGAGCACGUGACUCGGCCUACGUCAUGGAUGACGUUGGACUUAAUGAGCCACUAUUUGAAGUACGCCCUUGGAAGCUACGGGUGGCCAUUUUACCUCACUCUCACAAAAGGGAUGUGUGGAUUGUGUUCUCUGUGCAUGGCGUGCAGGUGUUGCUCGUGCUUCCGCAAAGAGCGACCGGUGUACUCCGACAAUUGUUGCCAAUGCAACACAGCCGCAUUCGUAAACACGACGGGCUUAGACGAGGAUGAUAUAGUACAUGUCAGCCUUCAUAACGAGAUUUAUGAAAUUCCAUUUUAUGUCGUGAUAGACAAGACGCAGAACGCUGUUGUGAUCGCCAUACGUGGGACUUUGUCGCUAGAGGAUGUGAUUACGGACCUGAAUGUAGACCGAGGCGACCUUAACAUACCUGGCAUCCCGGAAGCGAAGGCGCACAACGGAAUCCUCAGUAGCGCAAACUACCUCCGCAGAACUCUCAUCGAUCAAGAUAUCAUCAAGAAAGCUCUUAGUCGACUUCCGGGUGCCAGCCUUGUUGUCACUGGUCACAGUUUAGGGGCAGGGGCCGCGGCGCUUCUAGCCAUUUUGCUCAAACCAGAAUACCCAGAAGUGAGAUGUUACGCCUUUUCGCCCCCGGGAGAACUUGUCAGCCCGGAAGUGAGCCAGUAUGCGGAAGAUGUCGUCUGCACGGUGGUCCUAGGUGACGACAUCAUUUCGCGGCAGGGCAUGCUCAUGAUGGUUGAUCUGAAGAUGCAGAUUCUCAAGGUCAUCCAAGAGACGAGACUGCCAAAAUAUAAAAUCUUGUCAAGUGGAUGUUGGCGCAUGUGUUGUGGACGGAGCGCCACGUUAGACGAAAACGUGUACGGCCAUGAUGACGUUUUUGACGGCCCAACGAGCGCUGACGCUAACGCAGUCGCAAACGGAAAGAUGUCUCUUAGAUCGAGUUUACAGAUCUCUAUUGAAGAAUGCGAGAAACACCGAAAGGAAAAAAUCCAGAGGAACUACUCAGCGCUUCUCCUGCCGGGCAAGAUUCUCCAUAUAGAGCAAAGCAACGUUAGCGGCGACGAAAAUUUCGUGGCUCACUGGAAACAAAAAGAAGAGUUCACGGAGAUAAUUGUCUCAUCUGAAAUGUUUACGCACCAUUUCCCAGACUCCCUUUUAGACGCCAUUGAUCAACUUCGGGACCGGAAGUAUACUCCUGUGCAUGCGUCAGAUAAACUGGACUUACCGGACGUAAGGUUGACCGUUUUAUCUGAAUGAGCGUUUAAGACCACGCUUAUUACGCUACCCUUUGUGCAAUUUUGAACGAACACGAAAGCAAUUACAUUCACGAACGUGCAAAUGUCCAUGACCGUACAUUAAACUCGCAAUAUGUGCAUCAAAUUCUUUUCGCUUUCUUUUAUCAAAUCAAUCAUUAGAGUGUGACAUGUUUAAGGAUUUAAUUUGUUUUGUCGUUAAGACUAUUAAAAACUAAACAUUAUUAGCGGCAUUUAAGUUAUUCACAGUUAUAAAAAAAAUGUAAAUGCUCUUUUUAGUAUGAGAUUGAUCCUUACACGUUCAAAAAAUUACGUUGAAAGUUAUACAUAACUUUGAUUAAAAAAUUAUCAUAAGUGACAACAAAUAAACAUAUCCUGUAAUAUCGACCAGUCUUACAUAAUUAUAAAAUUAUAUUUAUACCCCUACAAACAAAGUUUAGGGGGUAUAUAGGAGUGAGCUUGUCUGUCGGUCUGUCUGUCGGUCUGUCUGUCGGUCUGUCGGUCUGUCUGUCGGUCCGUAUUAAGUGUCCGCUCUCUAAUGCAAGUUGUUUUCAUCCGAUCUUCACCACACUUGGUCAGAAGUUGUAUCUAGAUGAUGUCCAGGUCAAAUUCGAAUAUGGGUCAUGUCGGGUCAAAAACUAGGUCAAGGGGUCACGUAGUGCCUUUUAAACAUUGAGCAUGGUGUCCGCUCUCUAAUUCAAGUAGUUUUCAUCCGAGCUUCACCAAACUUGGUCAGAAGUUGUAUCUAGAUGUUUUCCGCUGUUUUUGUGAAGACAACAUGCAAAAUAUUCUGUGUCAAUGCGGCAUGUGGGGGUAUUCGUCACGUCUGUGACAAAGCUCUAGUUUGUAUAGUUAUUAUCAAUAAUUGUUUAAAAAUACUAUAUGAUAAUUGUGUAUUUUUUUCGUAUAAUUAAGAUCUUUUUAAAUUAGUUUAUCAAAACAUUACACUAGUUCCCCUUUUAUUUAUUUUUCUGUAUUUAAUGCCUACAGUGUUGUCUUUUCUGUCUUAAAAUUUCAAUCUUAUUUUUUUAUUGUUAACAGCAAAAGUAUACGUAUGUGUCUUGCAUAGCUGAACAUUUUACAUGGCAACAUAAUUUAAAGAAUUCGGGUUUGUUAACUCGUUAUAACCAUUAAAAUGCAUGCAUGGAUCAGUAUUAAUGAAUUGGUCCUACAUUUUUUUAUAAAACGACCCAUUUUCAUGCAUUUUCAAAAUAGCAAUUUUUUAAGAGUAUGGUAUUGAAAAAAAACUUAAUUACAUACAAAUCAAGCACGGCGAUCCCCAUCUUUUAUUUCAUUUAAAUGUGAAACAUGAACAGCAUUUCGGAAAUUAUAAAAUUCUGAAUAUUUUGAUUUCAUGUGCAUCGGGACCAAAGUUGUUCAGGGAAAAGCUCUGGGGAAACUGGGCUUAAUGCAUGUGCGUAAAGUGUCCGCACAGUCAUAUCAGGGAAGACAAUGUCCGCUGUGCGUAAAGUGUCCGCACAGUCAUAUCAGGGAAGACAAUGUCCGCUGUGCGUAAAGUGUCCGCACAGUCAUAUCAGGGAAGACAAUGUCCGCUGUAUUGUUUUUUUCAUUUAAAUGAAGACUCUUCUUAAAGAAAAUCUAGUUGAGGCGGAAGAUGUCGUCCCCGCAUAGGCUAUGCAAAAUGCACAGGCUAACAUUGAAAACGAUUUUACGCACAUGCAUUAAAAUCCGUUUCCCAAACCUUUUCAAAAUAUUUUUAUGAUGUUUUUUUUGCGCAUCACCGUGUUUGCGUAGUUUCAUUUCGGUGAAUGUAUUCAAAAGGGUGAAGAAGUUUUUAAACUUCAAUAUUGCCUGUUAAUUGUGGAUCACAAAAAUUGAAAAAGCAACACUUUGAAACCUCUUUUAACAAAAUUGAAACUACAACGGGCGAAAUACCAGAUGAAGAUGCUGUUCUCUGAUAUUUUACUUACUUACGAUCAAAACAUAAUGUGCAAGGUGCAUUUUUUUGGUAUGGCACAACAAUGUAUUUUUUCAUGGCUGGAGCGGUUGUAAAGUAAUUUUUAACCAAUAAAACCUAUCUCAUUUCAACAUAUGUUACAAUUUUAUGAAAAUAAAUAUUUAAGGUUGUUUGUUCAAAUUGUUUUAUUGUAUUUUACAGAUUCGAAUCAAAUAUGCCUUGUGUAUUCGUGUUAAGCUGUAUGUGUUGAACGGAUUGUGUUUUGUAUGCAAUUUUAUCAAUGUUAAGUUCUUUUUAAGAGAUCUGUAUUGUUCUCUUAGUGCUCUUUAGAAUGAAAUUCAAGUAAACGUGUGCAUAUCUUAUUCGUAUUUAAAAUAUAUUAAAGCAAUAAUAAUAAUAAUAAUACAAAAAUUGUAUUAUUAUCUUUAUUACUUUUAUAAUCAUUAUAUUUUUUAUUAUCUUAUAUAUACGAUUAUAAUGAGCAGUAUUAAUUUUAUGAUUAUCUUAUAAUGUUUGUUGGUGGUGGUGUUAAAGAUUAUCUCAAUUAUUUCCUAUGGUGAUCAUAUAAAUCCAUUUAUGUUGUGUCAGGUUUUAAUGCUAUAGGUAGCUAUAUUCGGGCUCUUAAAAAAUUAUAAUCGACUUUUAUUUUGCUAUAUAUAUCUUGUUCAUAUUUUAAGAUUUGAAUACACUGUUUUUACAAUUGCAAUUUGUGAAAUGUUCGUUUACUAUAAUAAUAAUGUGUGAUUUAAUAUCGUAAACAACGCCUAUUGGUUGGCUUAACCCGUCAAAACAACCGAGCCUCGCUCUGGGAAAACGGGGCUUAAUUCUUGUGCGUAAAGUGUCGUCCCAUAUUAGCCUGUGCAGUCCGCACAGGCUAAUAUGGGACGACGCUUUCCGCUUUUAUAACAUUUUUCGUUUAAAUGAAGUAUCUUCAUACCAAAAUUCCAAUUUAGGCGGAAAGUGUCGUCCCGUAUUAGCCUGUGCGGACUGUACAGGCUAAUCUGGGACGAAACUUUAAGCACAUGCCUUAAACUCCCUUUUCAGUCCGCACACACUAUUGUUUUAAAUGGCAGUUGAGAAAAACGUCAGUGUCAAACCGAGGAAUUGUGACUUUAAUAAUGAUUAUGAAUCGGAACGGCGAAAACUGAACUGCAAAGGUCCUCAUUCCCAGUCAAAUGUGUCAUAAAUGUUUCUUUUUAAGACUUAUGUGCCCGUUUAUUAUUUAUGUGAUACUGUUAUUGAUAUUUGUAUGUCACAUUUAUGUUCACUGCAUUUUGUAUAUGUUGCACACUUUUUAUAUACGUGACAUAUAAUUUGAAAUAAUUAAAUUUAAACACUU